GUGUCAACCAUUCCAUCCUCUCCUCUCUCUCACGUGCCGAUUGUUCUAUCCUCUUCUCUCCCUGCUGCUCUCUCUCUCUCUCUCUGAACCGCGGUUGCGCGGCCGUAGCUGGGAUGCGAAGCAAGCCGAGCAAUCAGAUAACCGAUCCAGGAGAGAUAGUUAUUCAUUGAUAUCAUCGCCCCUAUCCGCUAGACUCUUCCCGCCUGAAGAACGAAGUUUGAUCGAAUAGUACAUCCCUUUUCUUUCUUAGCCAUCGUACAAAUUGGUUGGGCAUUUUCAUCAAAAUAAGGUGGUUAUGAGAUUUUCAUACAGUGAAAAGAUAAAGGAUAUGUAGAUUUGUCGUAUAACUGGAGAAAAUUAGUGGUGUUUAACAAAAUGACGCCUGUUUGCCCCUUUGUCAAGGCUGCCCGUCCUGAUGAUGCCUCUUUAAAAAAGGUUGACAACCAAAAUAAACAUCAAGCAGGGCAAGAGAGCAAAGCCAAACAAGAAUCUGGGGAAUCUGGUAGUAGUUCUCUCAAGUGCCCCUUUGUCAAGGCUGCUCGUCCUGACAAUGCCUCUUUAAAAAAGGUUAGCGAGAACCAAAGUAAGCAUCAUACAAAGCAAGAGGGCAUGGAUAAACAAGACUCUGGGAAAUCUGGCAACAUUUCUCCGAAGUGUCCCUUUGGAUAUGAUUCUCAAACAUUUAAGAUUGGACCUUUCAGUUGCAUGAUAUGCCAAGCACUUCUUUUUGACAGUAGCAGAUGUGCGCCUUGUUCCCAUGUAUACUGCAGAACAUGCAUAUCACGCUUUAAGGAUUGUCCUCUGUGUGGUGCUGACAUCGAGAAGAUUGAAGCUGACUCAGAUCUUCAAAAGGUAGUUGAUCGCUUUAUUGAAGGUCAUGCAAGGAUAAAGAGGUCACAGGUUAAGACAGACCAAGAGGAAGCCAAGGAUGAGAAGGAAACAGUGAUAUAUGAGGAUGUAUCUUUGGAGAGGGGUGCUUUCUUGGUGCAACAAGCCAUGAGGGCAUUCCGUGGCCAAAAUGUGGAAAGUGCUAAAUCAAGACUCAGUCUUUGUGUAGAAGACAUUCGAGAACAGUUGGAGAAAAUGGGGAACACAUCAGAGUUAUGCUCACAACUAGGAGCAGUUCUGGGUAUGCUUGGUGAUUGCUGUCGAGCCCUAGGUGAUGCUGGUUCUGCAGUUUGUUAUUUUGAAGAAAGUGUCGAAUUCCUGAAGAAAGUGGCAACUGAUGAUUUGGAGGUUAUACAUACACUGUCUGUUUCACUUAAUAAAAUUGGAGAUCUUAAAUACUAUGAUGGAGACUUGGAAGCUGCUAGAUCUUACUAUCUUCAGUGUUUGAAUAUUCGUCGUGAUGCGGCCAAGAAUCGUUCAAGUUCUCCAUCUCAGAUUCUGGAUGUGGCCGUUUCUCUUGCCAAAGUUGCUGAUGCGGAUCGAAAUCUUGGAAAUGAGGAUGUAGCAAAUGAUGGAUUUCAAGAAGCCAUUAAAUUGCUAGAAUCCUUGACAUUAAAAAGUGAAGAAGUUGGUCUUGAACAACGGCGCCUCUCAGUCAUGGAAUUUCUCAAGAACCAACUUGCUGACAGACAAGCAGAUCCAACUUCCUGAGAUCAUAUUUCUUACAAUAGAUUAAAGAUUAAAGAUAGAAGCAACAGCGGUCCUGUGCCUGUUUCACCCGGUCGAUAGUCCCAUGUAAAUGACAGAGAAACAAGUCAGUGCCUAUUUCUUGUUUCUUUUAUUUUUCCAGCCUCUUGCUCUCCUUUAGGUUCAAAAUUUCUAACACAAAGCACAUUGGGUUAGGUUAAAUAAAUGGCUCGGAGAUGCCAUACUACUUGUAUGUAUGUUUGCAGUGUUGUAAAUUCUUCCACGUUCUACCUGAUAGAUAAUUAUCAAACUUUACAUUGUCUUGUGGCGUAUUACAUGCUAA